AUGGAAGAACAUGCAUGGAACAAUUACGAGAAUUCUGACCUCAAGGACAGGGGAGCUGAUGAUGAGAAGAGUGACAAGAUACUCGAGAUUGAUAUUUGGAAGCCUCGCCAGAACCCUAGUGGAAGCAAUAGAACCUCACAGAAUUCACAGUAUUUUUCGGCUUGGAAUGACAGUGGGAAAAUGGAGCAGUUGCCAGAGGAUUGCAUCUCUCAAAUUGUUUCCUUCACUUCCCCAGUGGAUGCCGCUGUAUAUUCCGUCAUCUCCAAAGGCUUCAAGGCGUCCUCAGAAUCCGAUGUUGUUUGGAUCAAAUUCCUGCCGUCUAAUAUUGAAGAUUACAUCUCAAGAUCAUCAUCCUUUAUCCCCGUGUUUCCCACAAAGAAGGCACUUUUUCUUUUCCUCUCUAAUUCUCCAAUUCUUCUUGAUGGCGGAAAGAUGAGUUUUUCACUUGACAAGAAAAUUGGGAAGAAAUAUUUUAUGGUUGCUCCUAGGGUUCUCACAUUCACUGGUGUAAAUGAUCCAAUUCACUUUAUAACCGUUCAUGAGGAAAUCUCCAGGUUUGCUGAGAUAGGUGUUCUACACUUGUCAGAAAAUCGGCGUGACAUUUGCGGAAGAAUUAGUUGUCGAAUGUUGUCCGAGGAAAUCCAAUACACGUCUUAUCUGGUGUAUAAACCAGUACUGUUCGAUAGUCAUUUUCUCCUAGGAACUAAUGUUCCUAGGAAUAGACCUGACGGAUGGUUGGAGGUUGAAAUCGAGUCAUUUUUCAAUGUUGAAAGGAAUCCAAAUAAUUUAGGUGAGGUAGAAUCAAUACUAUUUGCAAUGGGUGAUUUUUCAAUGUACUCAAACAUUAUUGUUCAAGGCAUUGAAUUUCGACCUAAACCUACUGAGAAGGAGGAGGAGGAGGAGGAGGAGGAGGAG